AUGGCUAUCAACUCUGCUCCCGAGUCUUCUCUCCUCUCCCUUCUCUACCGCUCGUACCCCGCUGCAGUUUCUCCCGACGCCACAGAGCUUGAUCUUCUCCAUGCCUCCCCCAAAAUCUUUCCUCAGACGACUUUCUCCGUUGAGGAGCAGGCUUCGAUCAAGCAAUGGCUAGACACCAUUUCUGGUCUCCAGAAUGCCUUGACCAAAGACGACAAGUCCGUGGUUACGGCCAUCCUCGGACAGCUGAACAGUCACCUGGCCGCGCGCACAACUUUGCUGGGAACCAAGCCGUCCGUUGCUGAUAUCGCCGCAUACGCUCUGCUCGCUCCCCUCGUUGAGAAAUGGACCCCUGAAGAACGCACUGGUGAGCAGGGGUACCAUCACAUUGUGCGACACAUCGACUUUGUGCAAAAUAGCCGCCUGUUCGCUCUCCAGAUCCCCGACGAGGAGAAGAUCAGCAUCGACGUGAACGACGUGCGAUUCGUUCCCAAGCCCGUGGACCCGAAGGAAGAGAAGGAGCGCAAAAAGAGGGAGAAGGCUGCGGCCCAGAACCCGGAUGCUGGCAAACCUCUGGUCGUUGGACAGGGCAAGCCCGAGAAGGCGGCGACUGGCGGCGCGGCCGAUCAGGCCGCUGACUCCGCCGCUGGCGCGCCGCCCAAGGUUAAUAAGAAGGAGAAGAAGGAGAAGAAGGAAAAGAAGGAGAAGGCGCCCAAGCCUGCUCCCGCGCCCGCUGCUCCCCCUUCUCCGUCGCUCAUCGACCUCCGCGUUGGUCACAUCCUCCGUGCCAUCAACCACCCCAAUGCGGACUCCCUCUACGUUUCUACCAUCGACUGUGGUGAUGCUCCCGGUACCGAGAACACUUCGGUAGAUGAGGAGACCGGAAAGACCGUGCGUACCGUAUGCUCGGGUCUGAACGGCCUUGUUCCCCUGGAGGAGAUGCAGAACAGAAAGAUUGUUGCCGUCUGCAACUUGAAGCCUGUAACUAUGCGUGGUAUCAAGUCUACAGCCAUGGUUCUGGCAGCAUCGCCUCGCGUUGCCGAAGGCGAGGACUCGCACGCUGGACCCGUUGAGCUGGUCACCCCUCCCGCCGACGCACCUGCCGGUACCCGCAUUGGCUUCGAGGGUUGGUUUGACGGCGAGCCCGAGAAGGUGCUCAACCCCAAGAAGAAGGUCUGGGAGACCUUCCAGCCUGGGUUCACCACCACGGACAGCCUGGAAGUUGCGUUCGACAUGAGCGCUGUUCCCGCCGUGCAGGGCCAGGAGGGCAAGCCGGCCCUGGGCAAAUUGGUUGCUAAAACCGGAGGUGUCUGUACAGUAAAGUCUCUGAAGGGAGCUACUGUUCGGUAG